AUGUCAACUAAACCAUUUCUCAACUCCGUCACCAUGCAUGAACGCUUCAUGCCAUACGAGCUCGGACGCCAGUUGCAGCGCUUCCACGACGACCAUCCCGGGCUGCUUACCAUGCUCACCGACAAGGACUGGGAGUGGAUUCGCGACGUCACAGAAUCUAUCAGCGAUGUGCUGCCCCGUUGGCGUAGAUACAUGAGAAGUAAGCAUCCUUAUAAGGGAUUUAUCGCUGAACGCAGGCGCGCAAGAGUCAUGGAUAAGAAUGACCCGAGACUCAAAAGGAACACGAAUGAUAGGCCUGACCUUGAAGGACAAAAAAUUGGCCACGAGAAACCUACUGAGAUGAAUCAGGAUGUUGGAAGUAAGGUCGCAUUUGAUGUUGACUCUGAACAGGAGGGCGUGGAUCAGUAG